CCGACGCACAUUCCAAUAAGGAAUAUAAGUGUACGGAUUAUAUGAAGUCAUUGAGGGGUAUCGUCACCGAACAAAAUGCUCUGUAAUCUACGAAUCAACGUUACUUACGUACUUCUACAACCUGGAGCCUGAGAGACUCGGCUAGCAAAGGUGAAACCGUGCUCUAAUUAAUGUUGCCACAUUCUCUAAGCUAGUUCAACUCUUGGAUAAGAACAACGAACUUCGACCUGGUUAACUAGCCACUUCAAGCGACUAUGCGCUCUUCAGUUGAAAUCGAAGCAAGCAUGGCUCAGAUGUACCCAGAGCUCUCGCUUUUCGAUAUCUCACCCCCAUUAACAGAACUUUCGCCAAUGCGAUUGAGCUACGAACUCCCCAAUGCUGAACUCAUAACGGCGGCCUUCUCCCAAUUCACCCUCACAUCUGUUAACCCAUUACAUUGGUUCUAUGGCACCAAUCCGCUUGUGCUCAGUUCCGGCGUUCAGGAUGUCCCUAUGCCCAUCACUGAGUCUCGCGUCGUCUCACCUCUCCAUCAGAUCAUGGCAGCGUCAGAAAUCAACUUCAAAGCAGCUCUCGACGAUACUCAUUCCCUUGUUGUGUAUCAGAAUAACCUCUGCGUUAUCAAAUGGUUUGUCUCUCGGGACGCCGGCAGUGGCGUUGGAGCGUUCAAACGUGAAAGGGAUGCAUAUACCAUCUUAUCACAGCAUGAAUCCGCUAAGAAUAGUACUCUUCGAUGCUACGGCUGGCUGGAGAUGGAUCAUACUGAUGCUCUGAAGCUGCACCCAAAUCUUUCGUUCGUUGAUGCAACGAGUAUCCAAGCUCUUCUGUUCGAACAUAUCGAUGGUCUUGCUCCCCUUUCUGUUAAGGACGUGACCACCGACAUAGGUGAAGCGGCGUUGAAGGCGCUUUGUGGUGUGCAUGGGGCGUAUGUCCUACACGGAGACAUACGACAUCAAAACAUGCAUCUUCUUCCUGACGGACGUGUGGUCUGGACUGGAUUCGGCGCUUCAGAGUCUGCAUCGACACAUUCAUUGAGGCGUCAGGAUUUCUGGAAUGAGGCUGCUUCUGCUUGGACAUUGCUCUACUCGAAAAUGCUCCCCGACAAGCUUAUUGGAAACUUAGAUCCCGGCUACUGAGAGUUCAGGUACUGCCACAUCGUGCUGUCACACAUAAUGCCUGGUUCUCGCAUAACGAAUCUCUGCAUGUUGGUAUUUAAAUGACGCUUUCUUGUAGGUUUGGCUGAACAGGUUCAGUAAUUCAGUGAUAUACAUUUACACAUUCUAACAGU